UUUAUGUUGUCAAAUUAGCAGCAAAGGAAGUCAGUAUAAAAAAAAAUAUUAUUUUCUCCUCAAAAGUCGAUUUUUAUCGAAUAAGAAUAUUUGAAUUUGUAUAAUAGAAAGUCAGGCGUAUUGAAUACAUCUUCCUAGUAUCCCAGGAAGAAACUGUAGUGUAGUAAUCAUGAAUCCCAUGUCGAUGGAUCGAGAUGAGCCUUCUUCGCUAUUAUCCUUUUCGACUAAUCACCCGUUGGAGCAAUUCGUUCUUCUAGCGAAAGGGGCGAAGGGUUCUGCAUGUGCAGAGCUCAUAAAACAGGUGCUAGAAGCUCCGGGAGUCCACGUAUUUGGAGAACUACUGGAAAUGCCGAACAUCAAAGAGCUGGAAGAAGGCCCAUAUGCGCAACACUUUAAAACGCUCAACUUAUUUGCUUAUGGCACAUACAAAGACUACUUAGAAAACAAAUCGGACUACUUAGAACUGACCCCGGCACAGUGCAAGAAGCUCCAACACCUCACCAUAGCAACAUUGGCCACACAGGAGAAGUGUAUUCCUUACUCUGUGCUCUUGAAAGAACUGGAUAUAAAAAACGUUAGGGACUUAGAAGAUCUCAUUAUUGAAGCUAUUUAUGCAGAUAUAAUCCAUGGAAAACUGGAUCAAGAAUGUAAGCGUGUGGAGGUAGACGUGGCACUGGGUCGCGACGCUCGCCUUGAAGAUGCGUCAUCCAUUGCAGAUGUGUUGGCAGACUGGUGUAAUGCUUGCGAAGCCGUGCUCAACUCCGUCGACCGCCACAUACAGCGUGCCAACCACCACAAGCAAAAAUCUAUUAGGCAUCAACAGGCUAUUGAACAAGAGAUUGUGUAUAUAAAGAAAACUCUGAAGACACAAGCAGAGAACGAAGAGUCUGGCUCUGGUGGCGGCACGGAGACCCACUCAGCACCCAAGAAGAACUCUGGCAAGGGCAAGACACCCCGCAACGCUGCAAAGUUCUGGCAAAAAAACACAUAAAAUAUCAUAAAUUUAUAAUCCAUGCAAACUAAAUACUCACCUCAGGGUAUUGCUUCACUGACGUGUUUAUUUAAUUUGCAGGAGUUGAGUUAUACUAUAAUUGUGUAUAAAGUCAAAUGCAUAUUAUUAAUUGUGGUUUUUACAGAUAGACAUGAAUAUUUUUCAAAUAUCGAACAAUUAGGUACAAUUUAAUAUUGAACAGGCGCUUAAAUCACACCCAAAAUUGCAUCUAAUAAUAUGUGUUUGUCUGAAGGCAUGUGAUAAAUGUUAAUUAAACUUUUAGUACUGCUGCUCUCAAA